AUGCCAGCUACACUCCAAACUCGCAAACUAGGAAAGAAUGGGCCAGAAAUCCCAGCCAUAGGCUUUGGUCUCAUGGGCAUGUCAGGAUUCUACGGCCCUCUUGAUAGUGAUGAGGAGCGUUUCAAGAUUCUAGACCGGGCUAUUGAACUCGGCGCUACGAAUUGGGAUACCGCAGACAUGUAUAUGGACAGCGAGGAUCUUGUAGGCAAAUGGUUUAAACGAACUGGAAAACGAAAUGAGGUUUUCCUGGCUACGAAAUUCGGAAACAAGAUGGAUGAGAAGGGAAACUUUACCGUGAGUAGCACGGGACCGUAUGUGCGCGAGGCAUGGGAGAAGAGUUCAAAGAGGUUGGGUGUCGAUUGUUUUGAUCUUUAUUACAUGCAUCGAACAGAUGGUGUUACUCCGAUUGAGGAGACCGUUGAGGCGAUGGUGAAGUUGAAGAAUGAGGGAAAGAUCAAGUAUCUCGGUCUCUCAGAAGUCUCAUCCGCCACCCUUCGAAGAGCCUGCAAAAUCCACCACAUCGCCGCCGUCCAAAUGGAAUACUCCCCCUUCUCAAUCGACAUCGAACACGAGUCCACCUCCCUCCUCAAAACAUGCAGAGAACUAGGCGUCGCAGUAGUCGCCUACAGUCCUCUGGGCCGCGGCAUGAUAACCAACGCUUACCGUUCCCCCGCCGACUUCGACGCCUCGGAUUUCCGCCGCUACCUCCCUCGUUUCUCGGAGGAGAACUUCCCCAAGAACAUCAAGCUCGUCGACGGCAUCGUCGAGUUGGCGAAGAAGAAAGGCUGUACGCCUUCUCAGCUGACGCUAGCCUGGUUAUUGAAGCAAGGCAACGAUAUCAUUCCGAUUCCGGGGACGAAGAAGGUGAAGUAUCUGGAGGAGAAUUUAGGGGCGGCGAAGGUGGAAAUUAGUGAUGAAGAGGAGAAGCAGGUUAGGAAGUUGGUGGAGGAUGCGGAGGUUGUUGGGGAUAGGUAUUCGGAGGGGAGUGGAGGGUGUUUGUUUGGUGAUACACCGGAGAGGAAGUGA